UCAAAAAUUGGCUAUUUUGGCUUUUGCAGCCAUACAGAGACUUCAUUUAUGACAUAGUGACAAGGUGAGCUUUUGUGAUCACCCUUCGUCGGUCGUCCGUCGUCUGUGCGUCAACAAUCUAUUGUCUGCGCGAUAGUGGUUUCAUUUAUGAUUUUAUUUUAACCAAACUUGCACACAACUUGUAUCACCAUAAGAUCUCGGUUCCUUUUUUGAACUGGCUAGAUCCCAUUAUGGGUUCCAGAGUUAUGGCCCCUGAAUGGGCCAAAAUUAGCUAUUUUGACCUUGUCUGCACAAUAGCAGCUUCAUUUAUGAUUUGAAUUUAAUCAAACUUGCACAAAACUGGUAUCACCAUAAGAUCUCGGUUCCUUUCUUGAAUCGGCCAGAUUCCGUAAUGGGUUCCAGAGUUAUGGCCCCUGAAAGGGCCAAAAUUAGCUAUUUUGACAUUGUCUGCACAAUAGCAGCUUCAUUUAUGAUUUGAAUUUAACCAAACUUGCACACAACUUGUAUCUCCACAAGACCUUGCUUCCUUUCUUGAACUGGCGAGAUUCCAUCAUGGGUUCCAGAGUUAUGGCCCCUUAAAGGUCCAAAAUUGGCUAUUUUGGCUUUUUCAGCCAUACAGAGACUUCAUUUAUGGUUUUAAUUUGAUACAAACUUCUAAAAUAUCUUCAACAACAAUAAAUCUUGGAUUCAAUGACAAAUCAGACCCAAUCGUAGGUUCCAGAGUUAUUUUUUAUAUCUGAUUACCUCCCCUGCUUGUAAUCAAAAUGGAUUUAUAUCGGUAAGUACUUAUAGAACUUAUUUGAAAUUUCAUUAUUGUUAUUAGCUGGACUGAGACAAUCAGGGUAGAUAACUAUGGACUGAUUUUAUGUCAAAUUACCUUCCUUUAUUUCAAAUUAAAAUGGGUAUAUCUCCAUAACUAAUGAAGAUACUGAUCUGAAAUUUCAUUUAUGUCAGCUAUAACUUAUACUCGUACAAAGUCGAAAAUAAAAACAAAAGCAUUUAUCAUAUAUCAGCACCUAAUCCAUAUUCACUAAUCUUUACGUACUUUCAGUAAAUUACAGUCCUCCGUAUUGAUAGAUACAUCCAACCGUCUGUAAAAUUACCAGAUUCAACAUUAAAAUGUUAUGUAAAAUUUGUAAAAAGCUGCCGGGGCUCAAUCCAUUGAUCUUUUGAGAUAUAGACGGUCAACAACAGACUGUAUGCAAAUGUUAUGUAAAUAUAUGCAAGUUGACGAGCGUAGCGAGCCGAAAGCAAAUUAAAUAAUAGACAUUCAAGGGUAUUUUGAUGUAAUGAAAAAAUGCAAGCUUUGCCAAAAAGGUGAGGGGGCUCCCCCACCCUGGUUAUGCUCUUGACUUAACAAUCUAAUGUUCACUACAUCUACAAAAACAAAAUAGCUCAGAAAUAAGGUAUUGUUUUUUUUUUAUUGAUAUUGUAUUGGCAGAGGUAUUAAUUGAUAGAUGUGAUAUUUUACAAAAAGCUAAUACAUGCCAUAUAGCUUUUAAGUAAAGUCUGACUUCAAUCAUUUAUAGAUAAUAUACCAUGUGAUAAAAUAUCUUAAAAUAUCAUUUUAAUUUGUGAAGUUUAGUAGUUAGCCUACAUAGAGUGGAACAUUUUAUGUAGAGGUACUUGUUAACCAUUUCGUAAAGAUAGUGCUAAAAUUGUUGGUUAUCAUGUUGUUUUUAGGCGGCCAUAUUGGAUAUAAGGCAGUCAUAUUGGAUUUAUGAUGUAAUACUGGAUUAAAAUGCUUUAGUUGUUAUGUCUAGUGAACGUUAUAUGAUUUUUCUGUUAUCAUAUGGAUGUUUAACACACUCAGAAUCAUACUAUGAAUCACUUCCUGAAAUCCCCUUAACUUUUAGCAGCGAUAUUAAAUUUGGCAGCCAUGUUGGAUACAUAUCAUUUCAAAUAUAAUUUCACUGACUGGUAAUAGACUCUGUUCUUAUCAUUUAAAAUAUUUACAUGUUCAGAUAAAUAUUUACGAAGUUAUGAGGGAAUUCAAAAAGUUCGCACUUUUGUUUCAUUUUUUUUCAACAUAUUACCCCCAAAAUUCAUUGCAUCAUUGAAUUUUGGUAGAUCAUUGACAUGUCAUUCCUGAUAUGUUAUACAUCACACAUGCCAAAUAUCAUUUCUGUGUAAAUAUUUUCCCCUACAUUUUAUAUAUUUACUGGACUACAUUUUAGAUUACAUUACACUGCCCUAUUACAGAUUAUAUAAUAAUACCCUAUUUAAGGAAAUAUUAUAACAACACCCUAUUACAGAUUACAAUAACACGUCCCAUUACAUAAUAAAAAUAUAACAACGCGCUAUUACAGAUUAUAUAACAAUGUCAUAUUACAGUUGUCAUAACAACAGAUAUUAGAACAACGUCAUAUUACAGGUUUUACGGACUGCUAUGGUAUACUUAAGAAACAUAAAAAUGCUGAAAGCGGGGUGUAUUCAGUAACACUGUGGAGGUCCAAGCAAAGGAUACAAGUAUACUGCGACAUGAACACUGAUAAUGGCGGUUGGACGAUUUUCCAAUAUCGCUUCAAUGGGAGUGUUGAUUUCUACAGAAAUUUUACGGAAUAUGAGAAUGGGUUCGGUAAUUUUGAAACAGAGUUUUGGCUAGGUCUUAAAAGUGUACAGGAAAUGACAUCUCAAGGUAAAACUGAACUAAGACUUGAUCUGACGGCGGCUGAUGGCACUGCUGUUUAUGAGACUUUCCAGAACUUUUACCUUGACGAGGGCCCAAACUAUACUCUUCACAUUGAUCCUGGAACGGGUACAGCAGGUGAUAGACAUGGAUUGUCGUAUAAUAAUGGUUACCAUUUUUCAACUUACGACGCUGACCGUGAUUCAUAUUCUGGAAAUUGCGCUGUCGGUCGCCAUGGUGGAUGGUGGUACAAUCACUGCGUCUACGCAAAUCUGAAUGGAGAAUAUGUAACACCAGGAACAUCGCGACCAGGCACGGCACGGGGCGGAAUGGUCUACUACUCAUUUCAACAAGAUAUAUCGCUAAAAGCCGUUAAAAUGAUGUUCCGGCGAGUUUGAAAUCCAGGUGGCUGAAAUUUCAUUAAGGAAGCAGUUUUCAUCUCAAAAUCAUUGAUGAAGAUAACACAUGGUUAUUCAUGACGUAUACUCAACGAAAUUGAAGAUGGACGUUCUUCAUAUUUCUUAGUUUGGAAGAUAAUGUUUUGGUAUUGAUACCCUUGAUUCCAAGUGCAUGCAUGAAGCUUCUAAAUAGUAACAUCUGUUCAUAGUUAUUCUUGUGUCAUUCAGUAUUUAAAUCAUGUACAAACCUUGUGUUGUAAUAGUAUUAAGUAUACACGAUAUCAACCUUCAAUGUUUUACACGUACAUAUUGCUUUCCAGAUUUGUUUUUAUUUUGAUUGUUAAAAUAUAUAUUACGCUUAUAAUUCAUUGAUUGAACUAACUAUUAAUUUCUACUUCCCAGUUGACCUAUCAUGUGUCGUUCCGACGUUAAAUCCAACAAAAUAAACAAAAUUAAUAAAUAAAUAGUUGGUUGUUUAUAACUGAAAAUGAUUGUUCCUGCAAAUAGCAAGCAUUGGCGUUUUCAGGAUUACAUUUUAUAUUUAAUGGACAAUACUGAACAAUUUACGUUACUUUCACAGAUAUUGUUUCAGGAAUACAUAAUCAUUACUAGCAUUAGAUUUAGACUUGUGAUAAUUUUAUUGUAUAAUCCUAUUUAUAUGGCACACUUAGUAAACUGAAACAAGUUUGAAAUAAGACUUUUUAUUGACAUGACAUUUUUGGAGAAGAUUAUUUUAUUUUAGGAUUCCAAUACUGUAACAACUGUACGUUGCUAUUUGUAUCUGUCAAUAUUUUUAAUAUCCAUAACCAAGGUGUACUUCCAAAUAUUUGUAUCUAAUAUUUUAAACGAAUUUUAUUUCUCUAACAUUAACGAUACCAUAGUAAAGUGCACAGAUAGUAGUUUCAAAUCAUAUUUUCUUUAUCCACACUUUGUUUUGUUUAAUAUUGUUAUGUUUGUCAGAUUCUAAGGUAUUUCAUUCCAAAUUUUGAUACAAUUUUGGACAUAUGUAGUUUUGUUCUAAAACACAUGAAGUCGAACUAAUUUCAGCUCCUGUUAAACAAAAUGUAUCCUUAAGUGCCGUGUUAACGGUGCCUCCCUCUAGUUAAAAAAAUGAGCCAAUUAACUUUAUAAAACUGUUUGUCUAAAAUGCGAAUUGGUAUUUAAUAAACUGGUAGAGGAAUGUAAA